AUGUCAGUAACUCAAGAACUCGGCAAUCGCAUCAUCAUGGCUUCUGCUCAAGAAGUCAUCGAUGCCCCUCCCAGCGAAGUCUGGCCAUUCCUCUCCGCCAUUGGAACCGAAAGAGUUCUUAUUCCUGGAUGCACAAAGUCCGUUCUUAUCGAGUGCCAGGGUAAAGGGGCCCUCAGGCGCAUCUACUUUGGCGAUGUGGCAUUCGAUGAGAGGAUCUUAGAGUGCAACCCUACAUCAUACAAGUUCAAAUACGAAGUCAUCGAGCCAUCAGCAAGCCCUGCUCGUGGGGUACUUGGUGUUGUGAAGCUGGAACCUAUGGGGGAGAAUCAGACGACUAUUUCAUGGGCGACAGGAGUAAAAGGCAUUGCACCAGAGGCUAGAGAAGCAAUUAUUCAACAGGCCCAGCAUUUGUGUCAUGGACAGAUUGCCUCUCUCAAGAUGCUUGUGCAGGCUACAACGAACAGUUUCCAGAUGGUAGAGUAG